UUUCCCUUUGUUUAUAAUAUGCCGUUAGAUGAAGACGAUGACCGAAUGCAUAUGCUUGCUUCCGAUGAAGACCAUACCAGUACCCUACUGCCUUCCUCACGAACUCAACAUCAACUCACUAAAUCGGAAAUAGUAAGAGGGAUGGCAAAUCGGUUCAUGUAUUCAAAGUUUUACAUUGGAUUGUAUUUAGUACUAGCCAUACUAAGCUUUAUCACCAUUGUCAUGUCAUUGGAAGAAAAAUGUCCUUCCAUUAUGUUUAUAGUAUUUGAGGCUAUUAUCAAUGUGGCAAUGAUUGUUGAAGUGACAACUAGACUAUUGGCUCUUGGUAGACAAUACUGGAGAUCAAUAUGGAAUACGAUUGAUAUUGUUUUGGUGGUAUUAUGCGCAGUGACAUUGAUUGUGCUGACAACAGGUUGCUCAGUGGGGGAGCGAAGUGAAGCCAUUUUUGACACAAUACUUUUGGUCAUUCGAAAUGGCUUUCAGUUGUUUCGUCUAUUCAUGAUGCUGAGAAAAAACCAAUACUCGCUUCAUGCUCGAUCAACUCGAAUUGAUUUCGACGAUAUUUUGGAUAACAGACGCGAACCGUCAUUAGAAUUCACUGCUUUAGAUCGUGAUAGAGGUUUAGAUGAAAGUUUUUUGGAUGAUGAUGACUCUGAUAUGGAGCAAGGAAGAUUAUGAUCUAAAUAAAUUGAUUAUCAGAUUCUAAUGAU